GUGUGUGUGUACUUGUUUCUUCUCUCUGCGUUCUAGAUCUCACUGCAUUAACGAGUACAUUUCAUCUGUUUAUUUCCAAAAUUGUCUUUUAACUAGGUCAGCUAACUAAAGGAGCAAGCAGUUAGCUCUGCCAUCUAGUGGCCACAUUUAGGUACUACUGCCUUGCUGCAAAAGAUGCUGGACGUGGACGUCUGUCCCUGCACCGUUGAGUUCCAAUUCCUCUAUGAGUGUGUUUGCAUGCAGGAUUUUUUUUAGGUUUUGUAAAAAUUUUGCUAACAAAAUUCCAAAGUUGUUUAGUUAAAAUCCUCUCAGUUGCUGCAGAUUCAUGUUUGCAAAUUCCACUCUCAUCUAAUCUUUUGGUUUCUGUCUCUCUAAUCUCUAGUGCUCUUCUCUCUCACUCUCCUCCCUCCCUCACCCGUUUUCUCUCCCCACAGUUCCCCCCUGCUCUGGCCUUCCUGGUGUACCACCCUCCCUCCACCCUCUUGUGUUCUCUUUCUCUGCUCAUAAGCGGACUCUGGGCGUUCCGCCAGCUGGCUUGUGUGUGUUUUUUGAAUGAAUACCUGAUGAAGUUGGACGAGCGAAUGGAGGGAGGAGCCUGUGUGUGUGUGUGUGUUGGGGGGGGGCAGACAGUGUGAGCACUCUGGCUCACAUUCAGCCCCUUGCAUAAUACACGUUGGAGCUCUGCAUGCGGGACUCCCUCCCUGUGGGUGUGUGCUAGCAGUUGUGUGUGUGUGUGUGUGUGUGUGUGUGUUUGUGUGUGUGAGAGAGAUCACCUGAGUGCUGCAUGUCAGCAGCAGGGAGCUUCCUGCCUCGCUGUCAGGCUUUAGGAGCAAGCUGCUGGUUGAGUGUCGCUCCUUGGUGGUGGAAAAAAAAGCAGGAGCAGCUCAUGGCACUCAUGCCCCCUGAGUGUGUUUAGGAUUCUGUGCCGGACAAAGGAGGAUUUUUUUGCUGUUGCUUUGCGAAGACACACAGCAGAGAGGAGGAGUGGAGAUAAAGGAGCAGAGGAAUGAGCGGGCGAGAGAAAGCAUGGUGCAGAAGUGGGCUACUCCUGCCACCCUGGUUUGUGCCGUGCGUGGGUGGAUUUUUCGUCGGAGGGAAAUGAUUCCGCAUGAAGUACAGCGAACUCGGCCCCCCAUCGUCCUCUGCAGCAGCAGCAGGUGUGACCUCACAACGCUCUCCCCUACGACUCUGGGCUCGUCGCUCGUCUGCUAAAGAGUCACAGGAUCGAUCCGACGGCUCCGCUCCUCCACAUCAACUCCACAUCCCCAUCUUCGAUCCUUGCUCUCCCAUCUUCAAGAGAAGCAAUCUGCUGUCCCGGACGAUCCAGAAAGUUCAAAUACAGUUCAUGUCAAAUGAAGGAUUUAAAGUGAAAGAGAUUGGAAAGUAAAGGAAAAAGUCAGAGAUUAGAAGUAGAGAGAUAGUGAUUGGACGAGUUUUAGAGAAAGAUAGAGAAAGUAGAGUAAAAGGACAGCAUGAAGUCAAACCAGGAACGCAUUAAUGAAUGUCUGCCUCCUAAAAAGAGGGGCACGUCGAGCACAUUACCCUGUGAAAGUCGCUCACCGAGUAUACCGCCUAUUAGUGACAGCCAGCGUAUAGAAAGCAUGACCUGUCAGAGUGUGGCAGGUGGGAAUGAGAGUAGUCCACAUCACAGCUCCAGCCAGUCUGAUGGCCCCCUCUAUAAGUCCCCCUCUUUAUCGGACGCUUCCUCGCUGAGGCUAGUGUCGUCCCUCCCUACCAUGUGCACACCUUCCCUAUCACAGUCCACAGUCCCAGGAACUGUCCAUUACACUCAGCUGCCUCCCAACAUGCAGUUUAUAGCAUCUGCCUACACUACUCCGUACGCAGGCUACAUCUCCCCUCAGCUACUCCCACACCCUCCUUCCCCUUUCUCGUCCUCAUCAGCCAAGCAGAGACCUUCUCACACAGAGACAACCCAGGUCUCUAAACACGAUCAUCAGCGAGCAUCAGCGGGCCGCACGUCCAUGCCCCCUCCGUCGACAGACCCCGUCCCUCAUCACAUUCAGAUGUCUAUGUCACAGCGGACUUUGCCGUCGCCUCAUCACCAGGGCGCAGCUCACCAUCCGUCCCCCUCCCAGCACUCUCUGGGCGCUGGUGCAUCCCAGAUGGUGGUGAAGUACACAGAUGGGUCCAGCAGGAAAGAGGAAGGUGGCUCUAGACACCGAGAGCUCCUCAACGGGGAGCUGGACAGGGGCAGGCGGUUCGGACACUCGCCUGAGUCCAUUCUCGCAAAGUCGGGGAGUAAAUCGAGAGAGACCUCGUCCUCUUUGUCUUCCUAUGAGGCACGCCAGCUUGUCCUGCCAUCGGAGUACUCUGCUCAUGAUCACUUAGGGCUCAGAACGUCUGUCAUGUUGAUGCCCAACAGCCACGGAGAUCACCAGUUAGCACCGCCCAGAGCCAGCCCGGAGAAACCGACAGCUUCAGUAUCGUCACACCUGGAGAAAGGUGGUAUCCUUAUGGGCAAGCCUGUCAGUCGCACCCUGUCCUCGUCCAACACCACCUGCUCCUUCACGUUCCCACCUCCACAAAGUGCAGAUGGUCUGAAAGCAGCUGUCAACACGUUAUCACCUCAGACUGUAAUCCAGACCACCCACAACACUACAGAGCCACUAUCAAUGGGACUCCCAUCCACGAGCAUCUACCCACAGCCCAUCAUAGGUUACAUCGCAGGCAGCAGUGGGAGCAGCUACCACACCAGCCUACAUCAACACUUACUCAUUCCAGGCACCCAGCCGGUCAUCAUCCCUGUUAGCGGAGGCGGAGUCCCCACACUGGAACCGGUAACCUCCCACAUCACUUCGUCUACCCACGCCGCACCUUUUCCUGCUACACUCCCACACACCUACAUUGCUGCCCAGAAAGGAGAAGCUAUUGAAACCCAAAGUGGCUCAUUCCAGGUGGCUGGUGCAGGUGCUAUGGUUCAAGCCCAGCUUCAUCUCCCCAUUGCUCCUGCUCCACCUGGGCUGGUUGCAGGCUCCGUCCCUCCCCUCUCCUCUGCUACAGUGGUGCCGCCCUCACUCCCUCCUUACUUUGUCAAGGGCUCCAUCAUCCAGCUGGCUAAUGGCGAGCUGAAACGUGUGGAGGACCUGAAAACGGAGGACUUCAUCCAGAGUGCAGAGAUCAGCACUGACCUGAAGAUCGAUUCUUCCACAGUGGAGCGGAUUGAAGGGAGCCUCACCUCACCCAACUUUGCUGUUGUCCAAUUCUCUGUUGGUGAGCAUCGCUCACAGGUGAGUGUGGAGGUGUUGCUUGAAUACCCCUUCUUUGUGUUUGGCCAAGGAUGGUCGUCGUGCUGCCCCGACCGGACCACCCAGUUUCUGGAGCUGCCCUGUACUAAGCUCUCUGUGGGGGAUGUUUGCAUUUCUCUCACUCUGAAGAACCUAAGGAACGGAUCGCUGAAGAAGACUCAACCUCUGGAGCCUCACAUUUCUGUCCCAUCCGUGAGUCCCGGGCACCUCAAACCCCCCGGAGGAGACUCGGACGUCCCUCAGAGCUGCAGUGGAGGAAUCCCCAGGCAGCGGGAGAACGGGAUCGGCCUGCGAGGGAGCGGCAAAAGCGGGAAUGGAAGUGGAGAGAGCUCCAGUGUGGAAAACGGAGAUUUGAUGUUUGGUGAAAGAGGUUCUGUUUCUAAAAAUAAGGUGACCAGCAGCACUCAGGCUUGCUCCAGUAGACCGGCGGGAGGCAGGAAGAGGAGAUGGUCCGCACCUGAGUGUCGAAAAGUAGAAAAGUCAGAGGAAGAGCCACCUUUGACCUUGCCCAAACCUUCCUUCAUCCCUCAUGAGGUGAAAGUCAGCAUUGAGGGAAGGUCAAACAUGGGCAAAUAGAAGCUAGCAGGACUGUUAACCUUUGGGAUUUAAAAAUAAACAUCAAAGGAUUCUAAAGAUUAAAGGAAAGCCCACAUAUGUUUCAUUUGUCCCUUUUUUAUUAUCUUGAAUACUGUACUGUAGAGGUAACCUUACCCUGCAGCUUAUCACCUUACAUAAUAUCACAAGAGCAAAUCUGUGCCGUUUUGGUGAUAUUCGUGCUGAGGGAUUUGUGAACUUGGCUCUGUGGCACGCUGGCACAAUAUACUAGACCACUGCUUGUGUAGAUUUCAAGCUGAUGUAGCAGAUUUAGCCUCCUGAGGACGAUUUCAUUCCCUGGGUACUUCUAGAACAAAGCAGCAGCAAAACCUCUGCUGAUUGGAGAUUAGAUCAUAAUUUGGUCAAAUUGACUCUAAAUUUCUGCCUCCGUUAAGCUGAAGUUGUUCCAGAGUGCCACACAGUAGAGAGGGAACAGCACUCGCUCUCUUUCAUUUGUAGCAUUUAAAUUUUCUUUACCUUUUGUAUUCCGUCUCACCAGGUAGUUGCUUUAUAUGGUCAAAAAGCUAAAUCAGGGCUCAUUUUAGUCCUCUAAUGGAUCCCAGGUGGGACGUUUACGUGUAAAAACGCAAAAUGUGGUGAGCACGACUUUAGGGGAAUGAUGAAAUUGCAGACAAAUCUGAUUGUAUUUAGGAUUUUUUUUUUUAUUCUUAGAAAAGGAUAAGAGCGAAAAUGCAUAGAGCUCUGAGCGGGUCAGGAGGCAUUUACACUCGUCUCACUUUUAACCGCACUGCCAACAGAUUGAAGUCUUUAUUUACAUACCGUACUGUAUGUUUCUAGUUAGUUUUUAUUAUUAUUUGGAGGGCAAUGGAAGAUAGCAGCAGCACUUUGGAAAAAGGGGUUUUGGAAAAGUUGAGUAGAGGAAGAUGUGCCAUGGAAUAAGAAAGCAGUGGAUGUAUGUGGCAGGUGGCUGAGAGACAAUGAAUGAAAAAAAAACCCCCAUCAAUGCUUUCAAACAUCCCAGGAAUGUUUUGUACUAAACCAAGAGCUCACGUCAAUUUUGAGGGUCUUCGCAUAUUUAUAAUGUGUGUAUUAUUUUAGUUGGUCUAUAAACACACCCAGCCAGCAUGCAUAGGUGGGCAUGGGCCCCAUAUGGCAAACUGUAUGGGUGCCAACAGGGCUUGUCCGCAGUUUCCAUGGUAGCCCCACAGGGAUUUGCCACCUGUUUAGAACAAAUCAAGUGAAAACUCAUGUUGGACUCACUAAAAUGCAUGUGGGCAAUCCCCUGUGGUGACGGUUUACCCAUAUACAUCCAUAUGGGACCCAUGGUGGACCUCAUGGAUGUAUAUGGGCAAACGGUAUGGAUGCCAGCAGGGUUUGUCUGCAGUUUCCAUGGAGGCCCUACAGGGAUUUGCCACAUUAACAGGCUCAUCUAUGGGUCAAACCAACUGAAAACCCAUGUUGGUCCCGCUAAAAUGUAUGUGGGCAAGGAAACCAUGGACAAACCCUGUUAGCACCUAUACGGUUUGGCCAUAUAUAUCCAUAUGGAGCCCAUGGUGGACCCCAUAUAGAUAUGGGCAAGGUGUAUGAAUGCCAACAAGGUUUGUCCGUUGUUUCCAUGAGGACCCCACAGGGAUUUGCCUCAUGUGUAGGCUAAACCUUGUGAAAACCCAUGUUGGGCCCACUAAAAUGCAUGUGGGCAAUCCCCUGUGGCGACAUCAUGAAAACCAUGGACAAACCCUGUUAGCACUCGUACGAUUUACCCAUAUAUGUUCAUAUGGAGCCCAUGGUGGAUCCCAUAUAGAUAUGGGCAUGGUGCAUGAAUGCUAACAAGGUUUGGCCGCGGUUUCCAUGAGGGCCCCACAGGGGUUUGCCGAUUCUAUGAGUCAAGUCGUUUGGGUCCCUCUGAAAACCCAUUUAGGGCUCACUAAAAUCUAUGUAGGCAAAAAUCUACGUGGAACCAUCAUGGAAACCACAAACAAACACUAUUGACACCCAUGCAGUUCCCCCACAUAUAAACAUAAAUAGGGUCCACCUAUGCAUGCUGGCUGGAACACACACUUGUGCUUAAAACUGCCAACCAAACAAUACACACCUCCCUGCGUUCAGUGACUCUAUGUACCGUAUUUGUCUCUACACGUUUAGAUUUUCUGCAAACACUUUAGAUGCAUGAUGUCCCUCCUGCAAAGACACUAGAGUGCUAAUGUUGGAUUGAUGCAAACACAUAGCAGCACUCUGUGGUGUGUUGCUGUAUGGGUGGGUGUUUAGGAGUGUAUGUGUACUGUGCAUAGGAUAAAGAUAUACUCUUAGAUUAGAUAUACUAUGUAUGUUCAGGAAAUAUCUAGUGUUUCUACUUUGGAGUCUUUACUUAAAGAGAAUCUUGCAAUUUGCACAUCAGGAGGGAGUUUGGACGGAGACGUAUUUUUAUUUUUAUUUUUUUGUUAGACGGCCCUAAACUACGUGACACACUGGAGGAAACCAGGGAUUUUUUUUUAUUAUCAUUUGUUCCUCAACAGGCACUUCAACAUAUUUACAGCAAAUGUUUCUACAUCAGCUCCGUUAGUGUCAUAUGACAUUAGGUGACUCAAACACAAGCGUAACUAUAGAGCGGAGUUUUAAAUGUGCCUGCCUACUGAGUUGAGUCAAAGAGGAUGAGAGGAGUUCUUUGCUGUUUUGUGGGCCAGGAUUGUCCGAUGUGGGAGAGGACGGAGUUUGGUUUUUAAAGGUGCUCAUAGCAUGGAUCAUGAAGAUAUUACCUCAGCAGAUGUCAGACAGGCUGCAUGUCAAACACUGCAAACAAUUUUUUAUUUUGCAUAGAAGUGGAUGUCGUUCCCAAAGAUUCCCCAAAGUACAAAUUCUAAUCUGUGUGUUUAAAUUAAGAAGAUGAACAUCUGCUAAGGAAAUCUGCUUCAUUUCUGCUCGGAAGUCAGGCUUCCCUCUGGAUGCGUAAACAGCGUGUAACAUAGGAGAGCCAUUUUCCCCGCCAGCUCAGUGGCAUAACCCUUCCCGCCACGAGGGUUUUCGACGCAAGUCGGCAGCGAAUGUGUUCCACACAGGGAGUCACUUGAGGUCGUGAAAUUACCAGAGAAUUGCAAGAUCAUGUGUGAUUUCACCAGUUCACACGUUAACAAGCUUUCUCUAAUUUCCCUCUGGGAUUAAUAAAGUAUCUUUGAAUUUGAAAGCAGGGAGAAGGACCACAGCUUGUAUCCCAAAAGUUUUUUUUUUUUUACUCGGUCACAGAAUUUUCACAAUUAAUGACUUUUAUUUUCCUUGUUACGCAACUUUACAUAGACCCAAAGCGUACAUUUACCAGAGUGGCAUAACAUUAAGCUUCACGGCUGAUGGAAAAGCGCCCAUAGAGUAUAUUGAUGGUUACGUAUUAUAACCUACGAGUGUAGCCUUCGCCCUUUAUGACUGUUGCUGUUGGGUUAUAUCCUCAUAUAGGCCACCAAUCACUGAAGAGCUUUUAGUGUGUUCCCGUCUACUGGGCGGGCCCUGGUCCAGUAUAAAAGAGACUGAGGACUAUUGCUAGUCUCCAAAGGCUUUACAAGCCCCCCCAGAACCAGGGUGGCCCGCCGCCCUAAAAGGCUACAUCUGUUUUCAUAAAAUCUGGAGUUAAAACCCCAACCAUCACUCUAUUUUGUAUAGACUUUGCCAUUUAAUGCCAUCGCUAUGGGUUAAAGGCAAAGCAGGAUGUAGUAAAUGUCUCACUGGUUUAGAUCCAACCAGUGGAAACGCAUCCAUUUCCAAAACCCAAAUUAAUCGGUACAUGUGUUUACAAGCUAACACAGGGAACCUCUUCACUUGGCUCAGUGAAAUGGAAGCAUGAAGACAAAUAGAAAAUGAGCAAUGGCCCUCGGUUCCUUUUAUGCAGGACUACUGGGCGGGCGUACGCUAAAUGCUCUUCAGUGAUUGGUGGCUUAUAAGAAGAUAUAACCCAAAGCGAUGGCCUUAAAGGGCAAAGCCUAUAUGAAAUGGAACAGCAGCUAUUAGCGGCGUAUUGUGUUUCCUGGACGUUAGGCGUUGUUUACGUAUCCUGUGAGAUGCCGACACGGAGCUGAUGACUAAGCUAAGAGGCUGUAAUGUGUCCAGUGGCGAGAGUUUGAGAGGCUGGUGUCAGGAUGGAUGUGUUCAGAUGGAUGAGAGAAUUUGUAGGAUAGGUGGUUAUAUGAGAAGACCCAAAAUGAGAUUUGAAAAUGCUUUAUUUUUUUAAUAAUAAAACAGGGUUUUCAGAUCAAAAUCACAAUAGUAGUGUUUUUUAUUUAAUUCCCUAACUUUUAGUCAAACAUAAUCAUGAGAACUAGAAAUAAAAGUAUGUGUGCAUGUUUUGCAAUCUCUCUCGUGUGUGUGUGUGUGUGUGUGUGUGUGUGCGCGCGCGCAACUGCAUUUAUGUUCAUGUGAUCGUUAAAACAUUUUUUUCACUAUAUAUUUUUUUUCCUUUUCCCUUCUCGACAAAACAGCAGAAUUACAACAUGAAAACAAGCCUGUUAGCCACUGAGAUCAUUCAGACUUUCACUAUUUAUAAAAAAUAAAAUACCAAAGCUAAAUGAUCCUUGCUUUGGUUAGUUUAGAAAAGCAAUAGUACAACAGCAUUCAGGCAAUCUCAUACACGAAAGGAACAUUCUCUGCAAUAAACAUUUAAUAAUAAUCCUCCAGCAUUUAUAACCAAAGCUGUUUUUUCUGUCUAAAGCGAGGAAAAAAUUCUGUGAACAACAGAAUAUAUUUUUGGAAGCUAGCACAGCUGGCUUUAGCUGAAACAAUUCCUCUUGUGGAUGUUAGGAUCCAGAAACUGCAGUUGCAGCACUAGUUGCUAGUUUUCAGGGAAAACAUUUUUUAUAUUUGCAGUAACUGAAUCAAACCCCUGAGACCUCUAUAUACGGUGGUCUGUCAGAAAUGCUGCUCUCAAAGAGAUUUUCUGUGUAAAAGUUAUAAGUAUCUAACUCUUAGCCGUAGUUUGCUUCCAAAACUCCGUUAGCGCUUGGCUACCAGCUAAAAUAGCUAGAAUAGCAAAAAUUUCCUACUGAUUUAUGCAAUGUUAUUUAUAAAAUAUUAAAAAGCAAUUUUAAGAGAACUUUAAUUCACUUUUGUCUUUGCUGCACUAAAGAUUCGCUUACCGAGUCCCUAUUAAAGGCGUGGAUCACUAAAAACAUUUUUAAUGAUUAUUUCUGAAUAUAAUCGGUCACUCUGAGUUUUUAAUGCACGCUGAACAUGAAAACAGUCUCCUACAUCUAUCUUCUGCAUAGCUCCUGAUAGAAAAUAGAUGAUGAUGCACUAGAGAUGGAAAAUCCCGCAAGAUCAACAGUAGCCGUUUUUACAAAACAAGGCCGUCUAUUUGCCGCAACGCUGUGGCAGCAUCAGGGAUCCUUAGGUCGUUUAUAAGUGGUCAGACUGGGGUGGUAAUGUGGCGCAAUCAUGUCCAUCCAUCCAUUUUCAUCCGCUUAUCCAGAGUCGGGUCGCGGGGGCAGUAGCCUAAGGCGAGAGGCCCAGACUUCCCUCUCCACAGCCACUUGGGCCAGCUCCUCCGGGGGAAUCCCAAGGCGUCCCUGGCCAUGUGAGAGACAUAGUCCCUUCACCAUGUCCCGGGUCUACCUUUAGGUCUCCUCCCGGUUGGACGUGUCCGGAAAACCUCACCAGGGAGGCGUCCAGGAGGCAUCCUGACCAGAUGCCCGAACCACCUCAACUGGCUCCUCUCGAUGUGGAGGAGCAGCGGGUCAACUCCGAGCCCCUCCCGAAUGACCAAGCUUCUCACCCUAUCUCUAAGGGAGAGCCGCAGUCAUAUCCUUUUCAUAAAAGACUAGGCAAUGGCAGCAUAAAGGAGAUAUGGGGCGGUCUCUGCGAUGCCGCAAAGUUUUGUUUAUCUUGGACAUAACUUGCUUGUUAUUGCGAUUGAAGCCGCGAUCCUUACGUUUUUUUUACAAGCCGCUCCUAAAGGUGCCUGUAGACAGACCAUUACUGCAAUAUUGCUACCAAGCGAGGCAGAACAAAUGCCACAAAAUUCUCGCAAUGCCAUGACGGCAUAGCGCGUUUAUAAGACAUAGUGUUGCGGUAAUAUUACGCCGAUUUGCCAGCACGUUGUGUCUUGUAAAAAGGGCUACUGUCACUUAACAUUCAUGGACUCACCCACCUUGACUCACGAAGGGGAAGGCUGUUGUUAAUUUAACAUGCAGGAAAGAACAGAGAGCAUCUACUAGUAGAAGCUAACUGUUAACAUUAGCAACUCCACCACAUGGCAAACCUUCUUCAGGCUUGUGUUGUUUGUGGAGAUAAAACAUCAGCAUUGCAGAGUAACCGGAGUCUGUAGUAGAGAUGUGUUUCUCUUAGCCGGUCCGGGGCGAGAUCCAAAUAUACAAAUCCUGCCGUCUGAAGCUCAACUGUGAUGUGGCUCACUUCUAGUUCCUGAAUUAGGUGCUCCGGAGCUUUUUUCCCCAGAAUACGACUUAAAAUGCAUUGAUUCCUACUAGAGACCUCUGCAAAUGUAUUGAUUAAACGAGUGAACCACACCUUUAACUACAGGCAUCAAUUACAGACGAAUCACGCAGCCAGAGGACAUUAGCUUUAAAAAUACAACCUUCAGGGGUUAAAUAAUGUUCAGUUCUUAAAAAACUUUUUAAGUUUUAGAUAAAAUGGUAAAUAAUUAUAACUUCUGUACAAAAACAUGACUAAACUGGCUUUAAAAUCAUGUUAAAACAGAAGGUUAGCAUACAUACCCUGACAUUAGCAGCUGUGUCUGACUCCGCCCAGCCGUGCCUCGUUGCCACGCCUACAUAGUGACCUCGUUAACUUUGUUUCAGGUAUCCAAUCAUAGCCAGCCAGCCUCGCAACAAGCACCUCCUAGCUGAGGUGAAGCAAUCAGUUAAUUCAGUUAAUCCGAACAACCGUUAGCUACCUGCACUUCCUGUUCCUGUCAAAACAAAAGUUUAAAGUUUCUACAAGAAAUUCAUGAUUACACAAAACAAUCUGACGUGUGGGAACAUAGGAGAGGAAGUGGUAUAGUUUCACCAGAAAUGUUUUUUACUUUAGUCCCCAAGUUUUUCCUUUUUACCCCCAAAAUGUACCGUAAUGUGCAAUAUUUACACUUUACUUGUCCCCUUUGUCGUGCCAAGUGUAUGUAGCAGAGUCACACCCUAAUAUAUCAUCCUUGUCAAAAGCUUUUGUACUUCCAUGUCUGUUUGAGAUGAUAGUCAGGAUGUUUUUACAGAGAAACGCAAACAAUCAUUUCCCUGUAACUCCCUUUUUUCGCCUGCGUGGCCUUCCUCAAUGUGUGUGUCUCCAUGUAUAGUGUGUGUUCACACACAAAUGACUGAGCGUGUGUGUGUGUAGCGUUUUUUUUUUUCUCUUAUUGUCCAUGAGAUCAUAAACUCUGAGCCUGAAAGGUUCAAGACCCACAAGUUAAUAAAAAACACCUCAUCACUAGUGGGGACCACUUUUUCUAAUAAAAAAUGAAAAAUAUAAAUAUACAAUCAGCAGAGAUGCACAUGUAAGUAGAUGUAAAAAGACUAUUUCAGCACUUUCUAAUCCUUGGUUGGGCUCAGACUGAAUCCCAUCCUGGGAGGUAAAAUUCAUUCGGAACAGGGAAUGACGAUGAGAAAAGGAGGUGAACACUGAUGAUGGCUCAAGUUUUUUGCACACCGCCUUUUGCCGUAACUCUUGUGUUUGUGCUCCGUCUCACUUGGCGCCCGGCGCGUUCUUGGGUCCAACGGGCCGAGGUGUUGGGUGACUCCUUCUUUUCCAUGAGAGUGGAAGUCCUUCCUCGUGGAAAUCAUCCCGUCAUCAGCUGUGCGAAGUUUCGUGAGCGUUUUCCCGCCUCACACCAAUCAGGCUGGGCCGAUCUUUUGCUUUUCAUGCGCUCUAGUUUUGAGCUCCGAUUUGGCGGAAGUGUUUGACGGCUUGGUUGGUUGUGUGGUGUGGCGUGCGUAAACUUUGGGGCAGUGGGAUGUAAACUGUGUAGAGAAUGUGUCAUUAAUUUUAUUUUCAUUUAGAUUGGCUUCUUCUCCCACAACUUGACAAAUAAAUUGAAUGUUCGGUUUUUAUUUGACCUGAAAGGACAAAAAGGCACGUGUUCUGUGUCUCUUGAUGUUUGUGUUUUUGUUUAGCAGAAAAAAAGACAACAAAUGGUAUCCUUUUGUUUGCAAAGUGAAAAGGAUUUGAUCAGAAUUCCUCAAAUGUCCUUAUUCAAUGUAAUUUUCUUUGUUUCGUUUCCUUUUUGUAUGUUUCCUCAAUGUCCAUAGCGCUGGAUAACCUACUCAGGCAGAAAGAAUAAAAACGUAGAGACCCACGUAACCCAAAUCCGUCUCGACUUUGGGCUGUUUGACGUGGGUCGUAUGUAAAUUUAUCACCGAUAAUUAGAUUUUUCCGGUUGAUUUAACAGAUGUCUAUUGGCAGGUAACUAUAAAUUAUUUUUGUGUAAUAUGCUGGAGAUGCCUUGGACUGAACAUUUCCGCUCUGCCUCAGUGCAAAAUGAGAAACUCUUCACCAGAGGAUUUGGAUUGCUUCCUGACCUCUGACCUCUGCCCACUGUCACAGAGGGCGGGGGAUGGGUGGUAGGGGAGGGAGGGAGAGCGGCUCGGCCAAUUCCCCCCUCCUGUUCCGAGGCUCGUCCUGAUUCUGCUCCGCUAACCGAGUUACUAAACUCAAACUUUCCGGACCUUUUGAGACAGAGAACCAGACUUCAGCACAGUCCGGAACGGACAGUCUGGUCUGCACCGGGCCACAGCGAAUCCCAGCCAACCCGUUUGUACUAUACUGUCCUCACCAAGUCCCCGUGUCUCACCACCCUGUCCCUCUAUAGCAACAGAGAAACUGUCGGUGUAUAUUUGACAUUCUGUAAAAAUGCACCUCUUUGAAAAGGCAAAAUGAAACCUUGACAUAUCUCAAGAAAAUUGACAAAUUGUGUCUUUAUUUAAGUUUUUUUACACUCGUAUAUCAACACUUUUACUCAAAUGUGUGUUUUUAAAGGUUCCUCACUGCUUCUUGAGUCUGAGCAGGUAAUGGCACCCUCUAGUGGAUGAUGAAGAACUCAACUCUUCUUAAAUAUAGAAACACACUUUGAACAAAAUAAAAUGUGUUAAAAUUUCUAACUAAUUAAAUGAAAGGAAUUAUUAACUUCCCAGUCUGGUGAUGGCAGUGAGAAGGUCUUUUCUGCAGGAUCAAUGCCUUUACAAUGCCUCUUGUACCUCAUCCCAACCUGUUGCUGAGAAUUAAACCACAAAGCUGUAAAUAAUA